CCUAAAAACUCGUCAAUUGACAAACGCGAAAACCUAUAACCACAUUUGAUAAAAAAAAGAAACACAUCGAAAACCGCAAACGAGCUAAUCGGGAGGAGCGAAAAAAUGGUUGAACGCAUAUUGGAGGAAGAGGAGAACGGCAGCAGCAGCAGCAGCAAUACCCCAGCUGCUACUGUCGCCGGAGCUGCUACUAAUGCAAUAACUAGCACCAACAUUAAUGGCUCAGCUGUUAGUGGCAGCGACAGUGGUGUGGGCGGUGGCGGCACUUUCUCCACGGACACCGAUAAUAGUAGCAGUCAAUCAGAAUUGUAUAAACUGACGGGCGAGAUCCUUGGCGAAGGCGCCUACGCCUCCGUGCAGACAUGCGUAAACAUCUACACCGAUUUGGAGUAUGCUGUAAAGGUGAUCGAUAAAAUACCGGGACAUGCGCGUGCGCGUGUUUUUCGCGAAGUGGAGACAUUCCAUCACUGUCAGGGACAUCCGGGCAUUUUACAAUUAAUUGAAUUCUUCGAAGAUGAUGAAAAAUUUUAUUUGGUUUUUGAAAAGAUUAAUGGCGGCCCCCUUUUGAGGCGCAUCCAAGAACAAAUUUGUUUCUCAGAACAUGAGGCAGCGCAGAUUAUCAAAGAAAUCGCAUCUGGCUUGGAUUUUCUGCACAAGAAAGGCAUUGCUCAUCGUGAUCUGAAGCCGGAAAAUAUUUUAUGUGUAAAUCCGGAAAAAUUGUGCCCGAUUAAAAUUUGCGAUUUCGAUUUGGGAUCGGGCAUCAAAUUCACCACAGACGUGUCAUCGCCAUCGGCAACGCCACAACUGCUAACACCAGUCGGUAGCGCAGAAUUUAUGGCGCCCGAAGUUGUUGAUCUAUUCGUUGGCGAGGCAAAUUACUAUGACAAACGUUGUGAUCUGUGGUCGCUUGGUGUGAUUGCAUAUAUACUAUUGUGUGGCUAUCCACCAUUUUCGGGCAACUGUGAACAGGAUUGCGGCUGGAAUCGUGGCGAGAACUGUCGCACCUGUCAAGAGUUGCUCUUCGAGUCCAUACAAGAAGGACGUUUUUGCUUUCCCGAUGCUGAAUGGACGGACGUGAGCGAAGAGGCCAAAGACUUAAUUCGUGGCCUGCUCGUCAAGGAAGCGCCAAAGCGUUUAAGUGCUGCAGCCGUUUUACAUCAUCCAUGGAUCAAAUUUUCCGAGGAAGAGAAUCCGGCCGAUAGUAAGAAAAUGGAAAAUCGGCGUAAAGCGCUGCGCACUCCUGGCAAUAUUAGGCGCAAUCAAUCUGCGCGCGAAAUAUCGCAAUUCGCCGAAUCGGCAAUGGCUGUGAAACGCGUGAUCUUGCAACACUUCUCCAUGCGCUACGACUACAUGAAGGAGCGCCCGAACAUCUAUCAGCCGUCGCAAAUACAGCUCGAGACUCACAAUGGCGGAACGGAUAACAACAGUCCGCCAGUAUUUAUUAAACCACCACCGCCACGUAGUCGCUCAAUGAAUAAUACGCUGAGCGUUAGCAAUAAUCGAUCCGUCUAUGGCGGUCGCAACAGCAAUUUGUAUGCCGCACGACAAUCAAGUCGCUUUGGCAGCAUCAAUGGCAGCGGUGGUGGUAAAUCGUCGAGCAUUUUUCAAUCGGGCGCGUCAUCGUUCAAGACUCUGAACGUGCAUGAGGAGGACGAUGACGACGAGGAGGCGCUAGAGGCAUUCGGACGGCUCGACGAAGAUGAAGAGUGGGCGCAUGUGGGCGAGCGUCAUGUCGGAGAAUUUAACGCUCACGACGAUGAGGAGGAGAUGGGCAGACGUAGACAUUUUCUAGAUGAUGCAGAAGAUGGGAGUGACGUUGAGAACUGUCACUAUCAUUGGCGCGAUUUGGAUAAUGUAAAUGAGGAGUUUGAAGGCGAGGAUAUGGAAACAAGAAGCAGUGAUAAUUAUACGCCACAUGACUUUGACGAUUACAACAGGCGCCCAAGAUACUAUGUAGAUGGCGAUCAAGAUGAAGAGUUGUAUAUGGGCGGAGAUAUGGAGCAGGAACAUAAUCGUUAUCGUCAUGGCGAUUAUGGUGAUAAUGCUAUUACUAGUGAUGCGGAGGAUAGUUCCUGUGUUGGGGGUGAUGACAAACGCAGUAAGACAACAUUACUACAGGGUGCCAUGCAAACCAAGGAGGGGGAGAGAUCAGCAGGAGCUGAAAGUGCUCUUGAAUUAAAUUAUAAUAGAUUACAUAAUGAGCGUAAGGAUGCAGACGCAGAGGAUGACGACGAAGAGUGGAAGGGGAGGAGAGUUAAGGAGGAGCGAAUGUUUGAGAAUAAUGCUUAUGUUAAUGUUGAUCAUGAUAAGGUUAAGGUUAAUGCUAAUGAUGAUGAUGAUGAGGAUGAUGAUGAUGAGAAUAAUUUGUUUGAAAGACCCGAUGUUGAUGAAAGCGUUUUCAAAUUCAAGCAAGAAAACAUCGAAAAGCUAAAGCAACAACAGCAAAACGAAUUUGCUAACGAAACGAAAUUGAAUUUCAAUGCAAAUUCAAAUGGAAAAGCAAAAUUCAAAACUUAUUAUAACAUCCAAGAUAAUAAUAUUGAAUCAAAGAAUGUUGAUAAUGAUAAUAACUGUAAUGUUAAUCGUAGCAGCAGCGGCGCAGGCAGCAACAAAGCUAAAGAUUUGUUGCUGGCCGCUGAACAAUGCCAACUUCCAAUCAGUGAUAUUAAUAAUAUAACAAUCACCAAUUCAAAUAGAGAAACAAAAACAACAACCGAUGCUGGAGCAGAACAUACAACAAAAACAACAACUCUCACCACCAACGACAACAGCAGAAAUGCUUCGAAGGCAGAAACAGAGGCAAAUAAAGCAAAUAUAUAUAAUCAAAUCGAUGGAGGAGGAGAUAAUAUUAAAACAACAACAACAACAAAUGAAAAUGCUAAUUUAUUGGCUAGUAUUAGUGAUUUGAAAGAAACGCUACCUGAAUUUAAUGAGACUGCAAAUAUUGUUGUCGCCACGUCAGUGAACGGAGCCGCAUUUGAGACUGCAGCAGUCAAUGACAAUGAUGAUAAAAGAAUUGCUGUUAAGCGCGAACAACCGUCAGCGACUCAAAGCGACGAUGUAAACGAGAACAUUUUCGACUCAAGGGCUCCGGUAAGCGCCAGAGGUAAACAUCAGACGUUGCAGGACAAAGAAGAAGCAGCGGUUGACGCAAAUGCAGUAGUGCCAGCGGCUUCCACCACCAGCGCGGCGACAACAAUGCGAACGACUUUUGGCAAUCAGCAGCAGCAUACACAAAAACAACAACAACUACAGCAACAGAAGCAGCCGCAGAAGCAAAAUCAAAAACAACAGCAGCAGCAGCAGCCGCAAAAACAAAAUAAAAAGCAGCAGCAACAAUUACAGCAAACUCAAAAGCAACAAACUUUAUUGAAAACUAAACGUUCGCCAUGCGCUAAUAAAGCACAGCGUAAUGUGUGCUUUGCGCUUGGCAGUGCCGGCGCUCGCGGCGUCGGUGGCGGCGGUGUUGACGAUGAUUACGAUGCAUAUCAGAAUAAUAAUUACGAUGCUGAACUUGAGGAUGAUGCCGAUGAGGAUGAUGAUGCUGCUGUUUACGGUAGACCGCGCUCGCACAGCACCAACAACGCCAAUGCGGCCGGCUAUACGCGUCGCCAGCAACAACAACAACAAUACAACAAUAAACAUAGACGCUAUUCGCAACCAGCAGCCGGCAACAAUGCCAACAACAGCAAGCAGCAACAGACUUCAGGUCAAACGGCUGAAAAUUGGCGCAACCGUGGUGGCAUUUUAAUAAACGGCGCUAGCAGCGGCGAUGGUGUUACUGCCAACAAUUACCGCACCAAGUAUCGUUCGCCAGGCGUACAUUCGCCCGGUUGGAAUGCAGCAGGUCAACAACGCAGCAGCGGUAGUGGUGGCUACUACUACAACGCUCGCUCCACUAGCGGCAACAGCUAUAACAACAGCCACGUUAGUGUAAGCGGCGCUUCGCCACCAUCCGACGAUAGCGGUAGCGGUUCUUCUGGUGCCAUACACAACUGGCGCAAUGAUUGCAUCUAUACAGGUGCACGCAAUUGCGGCAUGCAACAGCACCGUAGCUACCAACAUCCAACACAGCCACGCUACUCGCCCACCCAAGAGGGCGGCGGCGGCUAUGGCGCCAUAAUGCGCGCCCAAGUCUUGCGAAGUAAUCAACACCAGCCGCGCAUAGGCUCAGGUCGUUUCACGCAUUCCCCAACGGGCGGCAUGUAUUUACAACAGCAGUCGCGCGGUAGCGCCGGCGGCGGUGACAGCGUCGGAAAUGGUUUUGUUAUGGGCGGCAGCAGUGGAUCACCACCAUCACCUGGUACACUAGGCAUUGGACUCUCACCGCCGAGCGAGAGUUUGUUAAUGCAGCGACGUAUGCGCUUAGCAGCAGGCGCUGGACAACAUCUAGGCAGCGAAUACUGUCAAUCGGCAACGGCUAGUGGUUAAUAAGCGAAAAGUUUACUACUACGAAAACUUACAUACAUACAUACAUAAAUACGUAUAAAUAUAUUCAAAAACAAAACAAACAAUAACAUUCAUGCAAUUUUGAACACAAGACACACGUUUUUUUCGUACGUUUUGUUGUUCCACAUUUUCCCCUAAGAGUACCAACUCAAUUUCAAUAAUAAUUGCAAAAUUAAACAAAAAAUUAAACCUAAUAAUCCAACAUGUAAUUGUGUGCGUGAGUAAGGGUGAAAGGGGGAGAAAAAAUUAAAAAUUCCUACUACGACAUUUUUCGGUGAGAAAUUCUGAAACGUAUAAGAAACUAGCGAAUUAUUUUGAAGUUAAGUAAACAAAUUCUAAUUUGGCGCAAUGCAUUUUUCGAGAUUUUCGCACGUUUCAGAGACUAACAAUUUAACAAUUUUAGAAAAAUCGUGUCUUAGCAUUCUACCCUCCCGCUUCAACCAGUUGUGCUCACCCACGCAAGCUAUUAUCCUUUUUCGGUUUUUACUUUACAAAAAAUACAUACAUACAAUAUUUUUGUACCUUUCUUAAUUUCAAUAUUUUGCUCUCACUUGUGUAACGGGAAAAUUGUGUGCUGAGUGAAAAGUGCCCGCUGCACGGAUGGUGGAAUGUAAAGAACUUCACAAAAAAAUUUAGGAUUUUUUUUGUUCAACUAGAAAACAUAAAAUCACAAAAAGAAAAAGUUUGUUUGAAUCGCAAAAAUUUUGCUAAAACUGUAUAGCAUAUGUGCGCCCUUUGGCCUGCUUCUCAUUUUACCCUUACAGCGUACCUUCCACUCAGCCCAUCACAAGCUUUCCAAAAUUCCAAAUACACAUAAUUUAAUUAUAAUUACUUUAUCACUAUUAUCUCAAAAAUUUGUCUUAACAAAACAAAAAAAAAAUGUUUCAAUUCAUUUUUUUCCAAUUUUUUACCAACAUACUUAUGUAUAAUUGCAAUUGAUCUUUUCGAACGAUAUUUUCGUAAUAACGACUGGUAAACGCAAUCGCCAAAAAACAAAAGUAACAAAUAUGUAAAGUUUGUUGUAUGAAGAUUAAGAAUGUGUUUGUUGAUGUUAAAAAAAAAUAUGGCUGUUAAGAUGGAAAAACAAUGGCUUUUUGGCGGGCUUAUAUAAUAAAGUGUAUUAUGAACGAAAACAACAACAACAACAAAAAACAACACUGGAAUCACAUCACCGCCACUCAUGUAGUAUAUGAAGUGAACUUUCGCGACAUAAUACACUUACACACACACACAUAUAUAUGUACACAAACGCAAACAUACA